AUGCAGGAACCUGGCAAGUCUAUCAGCACGAAAGAACUUAUCGCGGCUUUCAAAGAUGUUUCGGGAGGGGGUAGCUUGAUUCUCACGGAGGAGGCCGGCAACUUAGCCAGACGGUUGGGUUUUGCUCCGUCGCUUAAGGAAUGCCUGGAGCUGAAAGUCGUAGCUGGGCAGUAUUGUGAUAUGUCAACGUUCGCUACCUUCUGCAAAGAAGUGGCACAUCGCGAUGACACCCCAGAGCUCCUAGCUGAGCUAUUUGGCUGCUAUGAUCCUAGUGGCUCAGGAAAGGUGUCAAUGAGAAUUGCAAAGAACAUUUUGCAGAACUGUGGGGAGACGCUUUCUGGCGACGAACUGAACGCCGUUUUAGGAGAUCUGGGGUUUUCUGGCGAUGAAAUUGACUACAAAGCUUUCUGCGCAAAGUCAGGCAUGGUCUCAAUAGUGUUUCAUGUUGAUGCUCCUGUAGCUCACCCCAGAAAUCAGCACUGGCCAGAUACUAGUAAAUUACAUAGGCGAUGA